AAACCUUUCGCUGAUGCACGGGGAAGAGAGUUGUUUACAAACAAGUAAUUGUCAGAAAGGAAAAGUGAAAGCUUCGCUGAAACUUGCGGGUUUAGCUCAACGUUAGUUUUUUCAUCGUCAUGGAGACUCACAGCAGAUUGUAUUCUGUAAUAUGAAACACUUCGCUGGAUGAUAUUUCCUCCGGUAAAUAAAGCUGAGCAGGUUCAGUGUCUGAAGUUGCACAGAGGUGUUGGCUGUGGGCAGUCUGCAGGACACAUGGCAGAUGAAAGCAACAAGCUGACACUGAGGCGCCUGGAGGCACCGAUCCACAAGUUCAUUAAAGUGGCUCUGCCCACGGACCUGGAGAGGCUGCAGAAACACCACAAUAACAUACUGAAGUACCAACACAGCCAGCAAUGGGACCGCCUUCAUCAGGAGCACAUCAACGCCAGCAGAACUGUUCAGCAGCUGAGAGCAAACAUCAGGGAGAUGGAGAAGCUGUGUUCUCGGGUUCGUGUCGAAGACGCUCAUGCUCUGGAAGCGCUCGUGAAGCCAGUCAGGGACAGAGCAUCAGCCGCCGCAUACGACUUCUUGCUUCUGCACUCUAACCCCGUGCCCCAGCCGGCUCCACCUCCAUCACCUGCGUCUGCCAGCAGGUUCCACCAUGACAACCAUGUGGGCAUGGAGUCGAUGUCUGGCGGCAGUCAAAUACAGCUGCAACUUCCAGAGAUUCCUGCAGAUCAGAGUGCGGCUGAGUCCUGGGACAACCUGGAGGAGGAUCUGAAGGAGCUGAGUGGUUUGGUGACAGAGUUCAGUCUUCUUGUCCAUUCCCAGCAGGAGACGAUUGACAGCAUAGAGGACAACGUCAACACAGCCGCUGCCAACGUGGUGGAGGGGACCAAGAGCCUGGGGAAGGUGUGUAUAUGCGUUUGUGUGAUUGUGCGAUUGUGUGUGUGGUGUUUGGAAGAUAGGGAGAUCGAUGGCACUUUGCCUCCCAGCCAUUCCACGGCGUUUGUCCCUAUUGAUCCGUUCGAAUACGGAGGAAAGCUGCAAUUAAGGAAAUAGAGAGAAGAGAGGGAUAGAGCAGAGGGGAGGGCAGGAAGAGUGAUAGAGAGGUAGGAUGAGAGGUUGACAAGCGUGGGUCUGUGUGUUAGUGUGUGCGCAGCAUUAAAGAGAGGUUUGAAUGACUGUUUAAUAGUUUUUCAGGAGCAGCAUUCAGGCGGCAAUGUCAAUUCGAUACACUCUUAACACUGAGUGUAACUCAGAAGGACACAUCAGUGCCCUUCACACAUAUUACACACUUGAAAUGAUGAACUUUUUGUCCGUAUUACCCAGAAUGAAUCACUUGUUUUUCUCAAACCACAGUCACACAUACACACACACACACACAUACACACACACACACACACACACACACACACACACACACAGACACACACACACACACAGCAUUGAAAGCAACGCUCUCUAACUAACUUCCAAUAUUUAGUUUGUGAAAUGAAAGGAAAGAAAUCUUCACUCUCUCAGAUGAAAUAUUUCAUAUUGAUUUUUGUUUCACUCACACUUUGAGGAACAUAAUGUAGGUGUGAAGUAUUAAGACACUAAUUUUAGAGAGGGUGAGGACAUGAAGGUGUGAUUCUCUGUGUGCUGAAACGUCUGUAUAUGCAGUCCUCCACCAGAGCAUACAAAUACGGUUUCUCCUGUCUCCUGGAGCAAGACGCUAAAGUCCAAAUUGCUUUCAGGCAAGGGCAUGGAGGGGAGAAUUAAAGUCAAUUCAUUUCACUUACUUUGAUAGUGAUAUAAUGGCUAGAACACCACAAACCAUAUUCUGAUCUUUUGUCUUGAGGUGGCAGCAGGAGUCCCAGAUGAUUAUAUUAAUAGAGUGGCACUAUAUGGACUUCUCUUAGUGACUCAAGCUGCACUAAAUUACACAUCCUCAUAGAUAUCAGUCCUUUUUAAUGUGCUUGAUUAUUUCCAUCAAGAUGUAUGAAAUACACGGUGGGAAAUCAGUGAAAAUGUCAACAAAAUGCCCAACCUCGCAAUAUUAAUUAAUGUGGGCAAAAAGUGGAUCCACCCCUUUGUUCAGAUUCAGACCUAAACUGGUUCUUUCCUGGCCCAUGUCCCACCAUUCCACCCAGUCUCAAGAAAUCCAGUUCAGUAUAUUUUGCGUUCUCCUGCUUAAAGAUAAAUGCCAUUGAAAACAUAACUUCCUUUGCAAAGGUAAAAAAUCUAGUUGGAUAAAACCAACAGUAUCUGCAUGGCUAUAAUACUAAAUACUGAUAGGAGCACGGGCCUUCAGGCAAUUUGAACUUUUGUAUAAUAUAAUGAUUACUUCAUAUAAAAAUAUAUAAUUAAAACAAACCACAUGGUGACACAAACAAAGGUUGACCUCUGUAAGUUUAGCAGCAGAUGUAGUGGGCUGCACAUUAGAGGAGAGGGCUGCGGAGAGAUAACACAGAUGAGAGGGAAGUCGGAUGUUUGAAAGCUUGUAAUCUGUCAUCAGGUCAAACAGCAAUACACACACAUACGUACGCACACACACACACACACACGUUCAGUCACACAACACCCACAUUUCCUGCCGUCUUCCACAACCUGUACCCAGUGUCCUUUUAACUCGGCUUGGAUGAAAUUAAAAAAUGUCCUCAACUGCCACAGGGGUUGGGUCAACCUGGCUUUUGAACUAGAUUAAUUUAAUGGUGAAGUGUUAAUCAAGUGUGUGUGUCUGUGUGUGUGUCUGUGUGUGUGUGAGGACGGUCAGAGAAUCAGUCAUUAAUUGCCAUCAGCAAAGAGCACCUUCCACUGUGAUGAUAACGGCUGUAAUAACACACCGGCCACAUCUCUCUGAUUUCCCCCGAAAUGCAGAUAAUGAAAAUGCUUUGAUGCUGCUGUGGAAGAGUCGGUUUACAUUUACACAUGCAGCCUCGUCUUCUUCUCUUCCUUCAUUCCCUUGCACCAUGUGUGAUCAUGAAAGGAUCGACACGUCCAAACUCUAUCUCACUCCGUCUUCAAGCCACAAAGUACUAAUACCUCCAAAGCGCAUGUGUGUGUGUGUACGUGUGUGUCAUAUUAAAGUGUCUCUGCCUC